GCCUUCGGCCCCAACCCCUGCGCCGCUCGCCAGGUCCGCAAUCGCCCCAGACGACUGUGCGUCCCGGCCACCCGGCCUGCCCUCGUGCGUGCUUCGGUCCGAGCCGGCCUUCGAGCUGUUGGUCGCCACGGGCCGGGCCAUGCCGAGUCGCCGCGUCGCCAGAGCGUCCGCUGCGCCGGAGCUGGGGGCCUUGGGUUCCGGAGACCUUUCUUCGCUCUCAAGGACCACAGAUGAAUUGGAAAUCAUCGACGAAUACAUUAAAGAGAACGGCUUCGGCCUGGAUGGGUCGCAGCUGGGUCCGGGCGAGAUGCCACGCCUGGUACCCCGUGGGUCCGCCUCGCUCAGCACCGUCACCUUGGGCCCUGCUGCACCGCCUCCUCCCUCCACGCCGCCGCCCUGGAGCUGCACCCUGGGCCGGCUGGUGUCACCUGCACCUGGCCCCGGCCCACGGCCGCACCUGGUCAUCACCGAGCAGCCCAAACAGCGAGGGAUGCGCUUCCGCUACGAGUGUGAGGGCCGCUCUGCUGGGAGCAUCCUUGGAGAAAGUAGCACUGAAGCCAGCAAGACGCUGCCCGCCAUCGAGCUCCGGGACUGUGGCGGGCUUCGGGAGGUGGAGGUGACAGCCUGUCUGGUGUGGAAGGACUGGCCACACCGGGUGCACCCACAUAGCCUUGUGGGGAAAGACUGCACUGACGGAGUCUGCAGGGUGCGGCUGCGGCCUCAUGUCAGCCCCCGACACAGCUUUAACAACCUGGGCAUCCAAUGUGUCCGGAAGAAAGAAAUCGAAGCUGCUAUCGAGCGCAAGAUCCAGCUGGGAAUCGACCCCUAUAAUGCUGGCUCCCUGAAGAACCAUCAGGAGGUGGAUAUGAACGUCGUGAGAAUCUGCUUCCAGGCCUCGUAUCGGGACCAGCAGGGACAGCUGCGCCGCAUGGACCCCGUGCUCUCUGAGCCCGUCUAUGACAAGAAAUCCACCAACACAUCAGAACUGCGGAUUUGCCGAAUCAACAAGGAGAGCGGGCCAUGCACUGGUGGGGAGGAGCUGUACUUGCUGUGCGACAAGGUGCAAAAAGAGGACAUAUCUGUGGUAUUCAGCACGGCCUCCUGGGAAGGCAGAGCCGACUUCUCCCAAGCUGAUGUGCACCGACAGAUUGCCAUUGUGUUCAAGACGCCACCCUAUGAGGACCUGGAGAUCUCAGAGCCUGUGACAGUCAAUGUCUUCUUGCAGAGGCUCACAGAUGGAGUCUGCAGCGAGCCACUGCCCUUCACCUAUCUGCCUCGGGAUCAUGACAGCUAUGGUGUGGACAAGAAGCGGAAACGGGGUCUUCCAGAUGUCCUGGGCGAGCUGAGCAGCGCUGAUCCACACGGCAUCGAGAGCAAACGGAGGAAGAAGAAGCCAGUCUUCUUGGACCACUUCCUGCCUGGCCACAGCUCAGGCCUGUUCCUCCCACCAUCAGCCCUGCAGCCUGCAGACACUGACUUCUUCCCUGGCACCGUGUCCCUUCCGAACCUGGAGCCCCCUGUGGGGCCAGACCUGCUAGACGACGGCUUUGCCUAUGACCCCUCUGCCCCCACCCUCUUCACCAUGUUGGACCUGCUGCCCCCAGCACCACCCCCUGCCAGCGCUGUGGUGGGCAGUGGGGGUGCAGGGGUCUCGGUUGUGGAAUCUCCUGGCCCAGAGCCUCUGUCGCUGGACUCUUAUUCGACCCCGGGCCCUGGGGAUGUCGGCACCGCCAGCCUCGUGGGCAGCAACAUGUUCCCCAACCAGUACCGAGAGGCGGCCUUUGGUGGCCUCCUGUCUCCAGGGCCGGAAGCCACGUAGCCUCCAAGGCGCUGGGUCAGAAAUGGGGUGCAAUUUCGACCAGGAGGUGCAGCACCCCAUACCCGGGGCCACCCUUGAUCAGUCUUCCGGCUCCCUCAUUCUAAAUCGGACGUCUGCAGUGCUGUCGAGAAGCUGGGGGGCACAGGUCCUUCUGGAUCCCAUUUUACAGAUGAGACUGCAGUCGGAAGAGGAAAAGGGGGCCCCUGCACUUGGGCCCCUUCUCGGGACAGAUUCUGAAAGAUUGUACAUAUGGGAGGAGGGAACAUAUCCCCAGCCCUCUUCCCGAGUUCUGAAGGUGGGGGUAAGUUGUUUGUGCAGAGUUUUCCCAAUAAAGAUGAGUUUUUUUGA